CUCGAGUCCUCGUCCGCACCCCGAUCCCUCAGUCCAGCGGGAACACGAGCCCUAUGAAGAACGGUUCGCGAAUGGACAAUCCAGUCGAGGGAAAGACAAUGAAGACGGAAAAUUUUAAAACCGUUUAAGGGGGAAAAAGAAACAAGAAAAGCGAAAUGGGUCGAAUUUCAUUUUUUGACUACAUGCUCCUCCUCAAUUUCUUCACGUUUGGUUUUCAUUUUUUCGGAUGGAACAGUUUUUGUACUGCGUCAACCGUCCGAAUAAAGCACAAGAACUCCACGAGGUCUUCCUUACCGUUGACCAACACGACUGAGAGUAAAUUCCACGAAAACACGGAACAAAAGAUUAUCUUGGGCACAUUAAAUAUAGACAGCAUUUUAUCAAGCAUAGACUACCCUAGUGUUGAGAUACUCAAUCAGACGGACAAUUCUACCAUUUCUCGUUACGGGCAGACUGAAGUUUGCAAUAUUUCCAUUCCGAACUUAUGCUUCAAAAAUGUAGACUUUGUUGUGAGCAACAUCAGCUUUUAUGAUGGGCCCUUUUCACUUGGUUAUUUGGGGACUGAUCUACCGCCGGAUUGCAACGCAUCGAAACCAACGUACAUCAUCCCACACGAAGCUCCCAAUUUAAUAUGGCUGGACGGAAACUAUGAACUUUGGGUCAACGCUUCAUUAGGCCGACAAGAGUUCAGUCUAGGCGUGGUCUGCUCCUUUGGCGCAUAUACUUCGAUAUACCGAGAUAUCUCGGUAAAGUUGAUUUUCCUGUUGGAAGCCAUGCCUGCCGACACAGUGCGACUCAUCAAAUCCGCCAGCGUCAGCGCAGGCGAUCAAAUGCUCGUCGGCUGGGCUUGCAUGCCGACCGCAGGGAGGGCAGAUCUGAUACAAUCGGAUAUGACGUCGGAAUUCAGGCUUACAAUGGAUAUAAAGGACUUCACGACGGACUUAAGGAUCAUACUCAUAUAUCUAACUUGGUUAUCUACAAAAGUUCUCGUCUUACCGCUUCAGGUCACGGCGAAAUUGGGCAUCAUGAACGAAACGGUGAUAGUGAGAUCGAGACUGGAGCUGUCCAGCACAACCCUUCCGUACGUGAAGUACCCAGAAAAGUCCUUGGUCGUUCCAAGGAGCGCUUCUUUAUACACCAGGCUGUUUACUCCGAUGCGUCCGAGAAACCUUGGCAGGAAUGUUACGUUCAGCGUAGCCGUACCUCGGAACUACGAGACUCCCUUUGAAGUCACUGCAAAAGCGGGAAUAGUCUACACCUCAUACGGUUACCAAAAAACACCAAAUCACACCGGUGUCUUAAUAGAAUGGAAAGAUUCCAAAUUGCGUCAAUUGGGCUUGUCUUGGUUCAGCAUCAUUUUCGUGGCGCCCAGUCAUUGCCCAGUGGCCAAUACAUUCACCAUCCACAGCUGGGGUCUGUGUGCUAAACAUCUCUCAUUUAAAGACUGCAACUUGGCCUGCGGCUUAGCCGGAUCGAUGAGACACGGAAACAAGGGAGCAUGCAUGUGGAGGGGUCCGACGGAACCGAACCUGUCAUCGAUGUCUUUCAACUACUCGUCCUGCACUAACGACAUCCGCUUCUGUCCGGACAAAUGGUGUGAUCCUUUCGAGAAACAGCACCGUCUCAUCUGCCCACAAGACUGCACCGCAACCGUCAUCCUAGGAGAGCUUGGACCCAGGAAAACUGGUGUGUCAAAAGGCACCGGCGUUUGCUCCUGUGACGACCUAGGCAUCUGUCAUUGCGGAAACCCGUUGCUGUUUAACGAGAUGCCAUCCCCAAGACGAGAAGACGGUAAAAAAAUCACGUCUCCGGAAUAUUUGCAAAAGAAAGAGGACAAUAAGAAAAUGGCUCGGCAGGAAACUGUGAUACCCGUGAACGGACAUCAGGACAAUAACAGAAUAAAAGAAGUCAACGAAAUCGCCGGACUGCCUGGACAUUGCAACAAGGACUGCGUACUUAUACUCUUCAUGGCCGGCGGAUGCGUUAGUCUAGUUUUGUCCUCGGUUAUUUUCGUUAUAUCUUCCAGAAAGUGCUGGCCUAAGAAAAAGGAAAGAUUGAGGGAUGAGAGAUUUUCUACUAAUUCUCUCCUGACUAGGCCUGAGAUCGAACUCGCACCAAACAUCGAACUUCUUCCCACGAUUGACAUUGAUCCAAAAUGGAAUGUGCCGAGGAGCAAGUUGAUUCUCGAGGAGUGCCUCGGAGAAGGUGAAUUCGGAAGGGUACUUAAAGCAACUGCUCAUGAUAUACCAGCAUGCCCAGGAUGUCACAGAAAAAAAAAGGCCUAUCAUCUUGCUCUAGCCAGUGGUUCAGUGGAUUCGACACAGCAGCUAAAGGUUCACACCGGUGGGAAUAACUAAUUGAGAAAAAAAGGAUUCCAUUGCAUCGCGUUACCUCAAGAUAGUAUCUAAAUUAUAUAUAAAAAAUUUUAAAAAAAAUACUAGUAGUAAAUAAUUAAACUUAGAGCCUGUUAUUUAUUUCAAUCAUAUAAGCAAUAAAGUUGUUUAGUUACUUA